AUGAAAGGCAAACGCUCCAAACAAUACCGCAAACUGAUGCACGCCUACCAACUGACCUUCAACUUCCGCGAACCCUACCAAGUCCUCCUCACGGCCGACAUCAUCCAAGACGCGGCGCGCUUCAAAAUGCGGCUGGGCUCGCUGCUCGAAAACACCCUGCACGGCGAGAUCAAACCCAUGAUCACGCAGUGCUGCAUCCGGCACCUCUACAACGCGCCCGCUUGCCCGGAGAAAGACGCCUGGAUCGAGGUCGCCAAGACGGCGGAGCGGCGGCGCUGUGGACACCAUGAGUUGGAGGUUCCGCUGAGUGCGCGGGAGUGUCUGGAGAGCGUGGUGGAUCCGAAGGGGAGUGGGAAUAAUCGGCAUCGGUAUGUGGUUGCGAGUCAGGAGGGGGAGGUGAGGGGACGGAUGAGGGAGAUUGCGGGGGUGCCGUUGAUUUAUAUUGCGCGGAGUGUGAUGAUUUUGGAGCCUAUGGCGCGGAGGAGUGAGGCUGUGAGGGAGGGGGAGGACAAGGCGAAGAUUAGGGCGGGGUUGAAGGGACGGAGGGGUGUGGCGGCGUUGAGUGGGGCAGGGCAGCCUGCGAAGAAGAGGAAGCCGAAGGGGCCGAAGGGACCCAAUCCGCUGAGUGUCAAGAAGGCGAAGAAAGAGAAUAGUAAGGAAACAGAGCACGAGAAGAGCGUGAUACGAAAGGCAGCGAAGAAAGAUCCGCAAGCAGCUGAGAAGGCUGGCCUAAGUGCCGUUUCUGGCGAAGAGGGCUCAGAAGCAUUGAAGAAGCGCAAGAGGAAGAGGAAGCCAAAGGAAGCUGACGCAGCUGAUGGUGGUGAUUGA